AUGCCUAGAAAUCUAAUUUCUGAAUUUAUUACUCCGAUGACCAAUAUGUCGACUGUACGUGUGGAAAAGCGAUAUAAUGAUAUAAUAAAACAAAAUAAUGGCCGAUUAUAUAGAGGUUUAGUAAUCAGUAAUAAAAUGAAAGUUCUUUUAAUAAGCGAUCCAACAACUGAUAAAAGUGCUGCUGCAAUGGACAUUAAUGCCGGCUCUAUGUGCGAUCCAGAUGAUCUACCUGGAUUAGCGCAUUUUUGUGAGCAUAUGAUGUUCCUAGGAACGAAAAAAUAUCCUCAACAGAAUGAUUUCAAAAAAUUUCUGUCACGGAAUGGUGGUGAGUAUAACGCAUCAACAGGUUUAGAUCACACUGUAUAUUACUUCGAUGUAGCUACCGAGAAGUUAGAAGGCGCUUUAGAUCGUUUUGCUCAAUUUUUCUUGGCGCCUCUCUUUACGGAGAACUUAACUGAGCUAGAACUAAAUGCCAUAAAUUCAGAAUACGAGAAAAAUGUAACAAGUUAUGGAGCGCGAUUUAAUCAAUUAGAGAGAUCAUCUGCGAGUUCAGACCAUCCGUUUUCGAAAUUCAACAUAGGAAAUAGAGAAACAUUAGACACAAUACCGAAACAAAAGGGUAUUAAUGUUCGAAAUAAACUAUUAGAGUUUCACGAAAAUUAUUAUUCCGCAAAUAUUAUGUCACUGUCUGUUCUUGGCAAAGAGAGUUUAGAUGAACUCGAAAAUAUAGUAGUGGAUUUGUUUUGCGAAGUACGAAACAACGAAAUUGAAGUUCCAAUAUGGCCUGAACAUCCAUUUAAGGAUGAACAUUUCCGCACUAUAUGGUACAUUGUUCCAAUACGGGAUAUAAGAUAUUUAGACAUUUCGUUUCCUUCGCCAGACAUGCGUCAACAUUACGGCUUUUCGCCUGAAUAUUACGUUUAUUAUUUACUUGAACAUAAAGGAAAAGGCUCAUUAUUAUCAGCGUUGAAAGCUAAAGGAUGGUGUAACUUAAUAGGAUCUAGAAUACAUCCUUCCACCAGAGGCUUCCGUAUUUUCAAUAUUAAUGUCGAUUUGACCGAAGAAGGUAUUAAACACAUCGAAGAUAUUGUUCUAAUGGUGUUUCAAUAUAUCAAUAUGCUUAAGUCGAAAGGACCAAUCAAAUGGAUCUACGACGAAUAUAAAAAUAUUGCAAAUACAUACUUUCGAUUUAAAGAAAAAUCUUCGCCUCUUAUUUCUGUGAAAUGUACGGUUCGAGAGUUGCAAGAAAUCACCAUGAAUGAAUUUGGUUGCGCGGUAUCUGCAUGGCGGCCGGACUUAAUAGAGGAAAUAAUGGAAUAUUUGAUCCCGCAAAAUGUUAGGAUUCAUGUAACUGCAAAAGCAUGUGAAAAUAUAGCUGAUGAAAUUGAAAGUUGGUAUGGCACUAAAUAUAAAAAAGUGAAGAUAUCCAAGGAAAUAAUAAACACAUGGAACUCCCCUGGCUUUAAUGAUGACCUGAAAUUGCCUGUCAAGAAUGAAUUUAUAGCAACUACAUUUGAUAUCAAGCUACAAACUAAUGUUGAAAAGUUUCCCAUUAUUUUAGAAAAUACAUCAUUUGUAAGACUUUGGUAUAAAAAAGACGAUGAAUUUCUUGUGCCUAAAGCUAAGAUGAUCUUCGCUUUCUUUAGCCCAUUUGCCUCUAUGGAUCCCCUUAGUUGCAAUUAUACUUAUAUGUUUAUUCAGCUGUUUCGUGAUUCUCUUAACGAAUAUACAUAUGCUGCUGAUUUAGCUGGUUUACGAUGGGAACUAAAUAAUUUUAAAUAUGGAAUAACAGUGAGUACAUAUAUAUAAUAAUAAUAAAAUAUAAUGUAUAUUAUUUCAAUAAAUUUAAAGGUUUAUUCGAAUAAGUUCUUGUUCAAUUUGUUAUUAAUAUUAACAAUGUUUAAAACAAAUUAUAUCAGGAUCUUGCAAAAUUUUGAUGCUGAACAGCCUUAUGAACAUGCUGUCAAUUAUCUUAUAACCCUAUUAACAAAGCAAACUUGGCUCAACAAAGAAUACCUGGAAGCUACUAUCUAUUUAAAUGUCGAGGGACUCCAGCAGUUUAUACCACAGCUACUCAGUAAGGUGCACGUCGAGUGCUUAAUACAUGGUAAUGUGACUGUAACGGAAGCUACAGAUAUACUUAAACUAAUUGAGUCUAAGUUGACAACUGGAGUGCCCAACAUAAUACCCUUGUUAGAACAGCAACUAAUAUUGCCCCGUGAAAUUAAAUUAGAAAAUGGUUGCCAUUUUCUGUUUGAAGCAGAAAAUAAUUUUCAUAAAAGUUCUUGUACAUUGGUAUAUUAUCCAACUGGUUUACACUCAACAGAGUCAAAUAUGCUGUCAAUGCUCAUAGCGCAAAUUAUUAAAGAACCUUGCUGUAAUACUUUAAGAAUUAAUGAGCAAUUAGGCUAUAUAAUAUUUAGUGAUAUACGUAGAUCGAUUGGAAUACAAGGCUUGCAAAUCGUUGUACAAAGCAAUAAACACCCGCAAUACAUCGAAAAACGAAUCAAUUUAUUUUUAGACUCCAUGUUGAAUCACAUAUCUACUAUGACAGAAGAACAAUUUGAAGAACAUAAGAAAGCUUUAGCUAUAUUACUUUUUGGAAAACCAAACAAUUUGACUGCAAGGUGUGACUUGUACUGGAAUGAGAUCCAAUUCCAACAAUAUAACUUCGAUCGAAUAAAUAUUGAAGUGGCUUACUUAAAGACGAUAUCACGGCAGCAAUUACUUAAUUUUUUUAAGGAAAAUGUACAUAAUAAGGAUCGAUGUAAAUUGUCGAUACAUGUAAUAUCGACGUCAUUGGAAAAAAGCUCAUCUGAUAGCACAAUUGAAGAAACUACCAAUUUAUCAAUUGAUGAAGAAGUUAAGAAAAUCGAUGAUAUUUUGUCAUUUAAAAAUAGUCAAUCUUUGUAUCCUCUAGUUAAACCGAUAGAAAAAUGUUUUCUCAGGAAAGGCGUACGUCCUUCUAAGUGA